GUGUCAGUCCGAAGGAGUGGGUGGCCCUAGACCAGCCUUGUGAUGGAGAGGAGCCGGUGGACCUGUGCAAGACUGAAGGGGAGGAGCCGGUACACCUGUGCAAGACUGAAGGGGAGGAGCCGGUACACCUGUGCAAGACUGAAGGGGAGGAGCCGGUACACCUGUGCAAGACUGAAGGGGAGGAGCCGGUACACCUGUGCAAGACUGAAGGAGAGGAGCCGGUACACCUGUGCAAGACUGAAGGAGAGGAGCCGGUGCACCUGUGCAAGACUGAAGGAGAGGAGCCGGUACACCUGUGCAAGACUGAAGGGGAGGAGCCGGUACACCUGUGCAAGGCUGACGGGGAGGAGCUGGUACACCUUUGCAAGACUGAAGGGGAGGAGCCGGUACACCUGUGCAAGACUGAAGGGGAGG